AUGCCUUGGCUUCCGUGGACUCCUGGCUCAAAACCACCGUCCCCUCCUCCCGCCUCAUCUACUCUUCCUUGGGAUAGCGAUUCCCUGCGCAAGGGGCGACAAGAAGCAAACGCACUCGCUACCAGUCUCUACGCCCGAGCUUCGCAACUCCCGCCCUCCCUCUUGAUCGCAAGCUCGUUUGCGUUGGGCGGAGCGUCGGCGCUGGGCGGACGGUACAUCCACGCCCGAUUCUUCCGCCGCCUACGGAACGCGGGAUGGGUCACCCCGGACAUGGUGAAGAGGAAGCUGAGGAUCAAGGGGUAUGUCACCAGCGUUGGUGACGCCGACGGCUUCAGGCUCUACCACACGCCCGGCAUCGGCUGGAGGUGGCCGUUCAAGUUCCGCCGCAUCCCAGACCGUACGUUUCUCAAGACGGGGGAGACCAUCUCGGUCCGCAUGGCGGGGGCGGAUGCGCCAGAGCUCGGUCACUUCGGCAAACAACCGCAGAAGUACGCCACCGAGGCCCAGGAGUGGCUGAAGUCCAGGAUCGACAAGCAGUUCAUCUACUGCGAGCUGUUGGCGAAGGACCAGUACGGGAGGAUCGUUGCGGUUCCCCUCGUGAAGUCCGCGUUCGUCCCCGCGUGGCUCAGCAGCGGCAAGUCGCUCUCACUGGAGAUGGUCAGGCUUGGCUGGGCAGAAGUGUAUGAGCAGCACGGCGCGGUGUACGGCGAAGCUGGGAUCGAGAAGUUCAAGCGCGCAGAGAAGGAAGCACAGGACGCAAGGCGAGGAAUGUGGGCAGAGGGGGUGCAGGGCGUUGAGCGACCCUCGGAUUACAAGCGUCGCCACCGUCAAGAUGCUGAAGCAGACAAGGACAAGCUUGAUCCUGAGUCCAUCGUUUCUCCCACCCCGACAUUAGGCAGUCGUUUCAAGAAGUUAUUCGGGCUCAAGUCCUGA